UUUCCACUCAUGCAGCCAUGCCCGACAGCCGACUUGCAUGAAAUCCUUUCUCGAGUAUCCGAAUUUACUCGUCAACUCGAUUACUUCGCUAAACGGCACCGUCUCUCCUCAACCGAUGCAGCUCUUCUCCUUCACGUCACUAGUGGUGACGUCGAAGCUGCUGGUCGCAUUCUAAGUGGAGCAAGUGCUGAUUUUGAUGAUACCUCUUCCUUUUGGUAUCCCUCCGACGAUGCUCAUCUUCUCUCCCUUUCCUCUGCCGACAUUCAUGCGGUAUAUCAAAAAUUUGGACCGAAAGAGGUCUCUAGGCGCCUCGUAUACCUCGCUGAUCAGUCUCUCUUUUCGUCCUCUCUCUCCCCUCAUCCUAAUCAUUAA